ACCAUCCCAGCGAGUCUGUCACAUCCCCGCAAGGUGUCACUUCAGGCAGCUAAACCAUCGGUUCUACCUUGCGUUUUAUUGAACAAUUUCCAUACACAUUUCUGCUCGACCUCUGUGGGCCUUUGGUGUCAUGAAGGGAAUCAGGUUUUUCGUGAUUUUCUUGGUGCUUUCCGCGUCUCUGCUGUGCACAACCGAAGCGGGCAGGAGCAGGACCAGCAACCAGAACAGCUUCCGACGGGCAGCUAAUGGCAUCUACCAGACUCUGAGCAGUGUUUUCGGAGAGGACAACAUUCGUGGGUUGUACAAGUUUUUCUCCAAAACGACAGAGCGCUUUGUCCAUGGAGUGGACUCUUUCCUCGACACCCUCUGGAAGAUCUGGUCGGAUUUGCUGGAUGUGAUGGGCAUCGACUCCUCAAACCUCAGCCACUACUUCAGCCCCACAUCUCUCACCAACUCUCCAGCACGCGCUCUUCUCCUGGUUGCAGCUGUACUCUUGGCCUACUGGUUCCUCUCCAUGUUCCUGGGAGGUUUCUUCUAUCUGCUGCACGCCGUGUUCGGCCGCUUCUUUUGGCUAGCACGUGUCACUCUGUUCGCCCUGUCCUGUCUCUAUAUCCUCCAGAAGUUUGAGGGUGACCCUGAGCGCGCAGUGCUGCCGCUGUGCUUCAUCAUGGCGGUGUACUUCAUGACGGGCCCUGUGGGAGCGUACUGGCGUCGGGGAGGCGGGGCAGGUUCACUGGAAGAGAAAAUUGACCACCUUGACACUCAGAUCAGGCUGCUUAACAUCAGGCUGAGCCGCGUCAUAGACACCCUGGAGCGCCCCAGCGAGCAGUAGGUGGCGAUGAGGA